AUGGCCAUUGGUCAGGCCAACCAUCCGACCGCCUAUCCCAACAAUGCACUGCAAAAAGAAACGGCACCCUGCUACUACCGUUUAUCGCCCGGUCAUCCGCCCAUCACCAACCCAAGGCGCCUAUUCGCCCAUCCCGUUAAUGAAAACGCCCCGCUCGGCCGACGCAAAUGCUCUGUCGUCGUCAUUGACGGGCUUACCAUCGGGCACCCGUGCUGCGGUCAACAUAAUUGCCAUGUACCGCUCGUGAAUAAUCGACACCGGUUCUGCCCUGUACAUGACGAAGAACAUCGCACCUGCGCCAUCGUCGGCUGCAACAGUCGGACUGUACAAGACAGCCUCGUCUGCAGCGAUCCUGUUCAUCGCGCCAUCGAGGAGCGCCAUCGAGCCCGCGGCCAGGCUCGCUUCACACUGCGGGAACGGUUGCAACGGGCCCAGCUCCUAGCGGGCAACAGCUCCACAACUGAUGCAGCCCUCGAUGAAAGCUCUGACAUACAACAGGAGGUCGAGGAGUUCGUUGUCGAUCCAGCAGGAAAGCUGGUCUCGGAAGAUGCAACCCAAGAUUGCCCAGAGAAGCCUGACAGUGGAAAUCGCAAGCUGCGUGCGCGGUUUGGACGUCGCCGAACCCAUAAUGAGCAGAUCAUAGUGGCCCCGUGCGGUGUCAUAGUAGCGCGAGCAACAUUCUACGGCGCUGAAGCGAUGUCUAGUGUCAUCGAAAUGAUCAAGAGGACUUACAAGAAUGGGCCUUAUCCCGAACACAUCUUCUUCGACAGCAACUGCCGCAUCGCACCGAUGGUCCGCGACGACCCUAUCUUCAAGGACAUCGGCCUCACCGUUGACGUGUUCCACUUUACCUGCAAGCAUAAAGUCACGGACAUCUUCUGCCAAACAACCUGCAAUCCUUGGGCUUUCCCCGAAUUGCGGUCGGCUGAAGGAGGAUGGUACUUCAAUUCCUCUAUCGCUGAGCAGACAAACGUAUGGCUUGGGGGAUUCCACGCGAUUGUGCGAGAGAUGCUCGUUGAUCGCUACAACUUCUUUCUGGACGAGAUGGUGAUGCGGCGCAACCGUAACACCGUCCAAAAGCUUGAGAAGGCAGGGAAAUCACCGGGAGCAUGGACGCCAAUGUAG